AUUUGAAGUUUUGAUGUUAAAUUUAACUGCUGGCAUGAUAACCUCAGAAUCUAUUUUUGUUACAUGGACUUCUUUUGAAGAUGCCACCCAAUUCCAAGUUAUGUGUGUGACUAACACAACUCGUGGAACACCUCUUUAUUUAACAACAAAUUCAACAUUUUUAAACAUAACAAAUUUGCAGAGUGGAACACAAUAUGAAAUUACUGUUUACGUUUCAGAGAUCUUAAAUACAAUACCCACAAUAACCAAGAAAAGUUUGACGUUGACUACAAAAACAAGGGAGAAAGAGAUAUCAAAAAAAAGUGACGUAUCAAAGAAAAACAAUAGUGAAAAUAGAUUUUUGUAUUCGAAAUUGACAAUUCCAGUUUUUGCCAUAGUUGCGAUAUUUUUCAUCUUAUCAUAAUUUAUUAAUAAUAUUUUUUAUGGUUUUUGAAAUCUUUUACCCUUUUAAUGGUUG